CAUGUGUCCACACACCGAGGCGACCAAUGAGGGAGGCAAAUGAUGCUGCUGCCUUGCGGGAGAACAUCCAAAAGUGUUGUGCGACAAAAGAGUGAAUCAAGGGCAAGGAGUGACUUGAAUGUGUCUCACUGAGGGAAUGAGGAGGAGCCUGCGUCUUUGAGCUCCUGCACAAUUACAGGCUACACCACCUCCCUACUUCUUGUUCGCUGCUUGACUGAUCCCCUUAUCCGUGGGCCAGGAUGAAUGACAUUCAGGAGGCCACCUCGCCUGCCACCAGCCUUGGCGGUCCAGCAACCUGCGUCUCCAAAGUAGAGCUGCGAGUGUCUUGUAAAGCUCUACUGGACCGAGACACUCUCAAUAAGUCCGACCCGUGUGUGAUCCUCAUGGUACAGACCAACGGACAGUGGACAGAGUUGGACAGGACAGAGGUGAUCAAGAGCAACUUGCACCCAGUCUUCGCCAAGGUUUUCUCACUCGACUACUACUUUGAAGAAGUUCAGAAGCUGCGAUUUGAAGUGUACGACAUCCACGGUACUCAUAGCAUCGGGACGCGUGAUGAUGACUUUCUGGGUGGUGUGGAGUGUACGCUUGGCCAGAUUGUGGCCCAAAAGAAGAUGGUGAAGCCUCUACUUCUCAAGUAUGGAAAAUAUGCGGGCAAGUCCACCAUCACGGUGCACGCAGAGGAAAUUUCUGGCAACAAUGGCUACGUAGAUCUCGCAUUCUGUGCCAAGAAACUUGAUGAUAAGGACCUUUUCAGCAAGUCAGACCCCUUCUUGGAAAUAUAUCGUAUCAAUGAUGAUGAGACCGAGCAGCUUGUUCACAGAACGGAGGUGAUUAAGAACAACCUGAAUCCUGUUUGGGAGCCUUUCAAGGUGUCUCUCAUAUCCCUGUGCAGCUGUGAUGAGGAACGGAAGCUGAAGUGCCUCGUGUGGGAUUAUGACUCCAGAGGGAAGCACGACUUCAUUGGCGAGUUCUACGCUACUUUCAGGGAAAUGCAGAAAAUCUCCAGUGGAAAUAAGGUCUCGUGGGAUUGUGUGAAUCCCAAGUACAAACAGAAGAAAAGGAAUUAUAAAAACUCGGGAGUAGUCAUCUUAAGUGAUCUCAAGCUCCACAGAGUUUACUCCUUCUUGGAUUACAUCAUGGGAGGAUGCCAGAUUCACUUUACGGUCGCCAUUGACUUCACAGCUUCCAACGGAGACCCCAGGAACAGCUGUUCUUUGCAUUACAUUAACCCCUACCAGCCCAAUGAGUACUUGAAGGCUCUGAUUGCCGUGGGCGAGAUCUGCCAAGACUAUGACAGUGACAAACGGUUUUCAGCUUUGGGGUUUGGUGCCAGAAUCCCUCCAAAUUAUGAGGUGUCUCAUGACUUUGCCAUCAAUUUCAAUCCAGAAGAUGAUGAAUGUGAAGAGAUCCAAGGAGUGGUUGAGGCAUACCAGAACUGCCUUCCUAAAAUCCAGCUGUACGGCCCCACCAAUGUUUCCCCCAUCAUUAACAGGAUAGCCAAGCUGUCAGCCGGCGACGGCAACAUUAAAGACGCCUCUCGUUACCACAUCCUGCUCAUCCUCACGGAUGGCGUGGUGACAGACAUGGCAGACACACGUGAAGCCAUCGUGCGAGCCUCCUAUCAGCCCCUCUCCAUAAUUAUCGUCGGCGUAGGCAACGCAGACUUCACGGACAUGCAGAUCUUGGACGGAGAUGACGGUGUCCUGCGCUCACCGAAGGGCGAGCCGGUCCUUAGGGACAUUGUGCAGUUUGUGCCCUUCAGGGACUUCAAGACGGCUUCACCGGCAGCCUUGGCCAAAUGUGUCCUGGCAGAGGUGCCCAAGCAGGUGGUGGAGUACUACAGUCAUAAGGCCAUCCCCCCUAUGUGUCCAGUGAGGGACUUGUCCACACCCAUCCUCAGCCCGGUUGCCACCAGCCCAACAGAAUAACUUCACGAAACCCAUCCUGGGGACCAAGCUGUGACAGCAGCUCCUGUCCCGCACAAACUGAGAUCCAGCUUUGAGGAUGAGAUGAGAAAAAAGUCCUAAACAUCUUCUGAGCCAUCUAUUCCAAUUCUACAAAAAAAGCAUUCUGGAAAAUUCACCAGGAAGUGGUAGUUGUGUUUUUCUGCUCAGUGUGGAUUCAGCACAUCUCCCUGGCUUUGCAAAAUGAACCAUCCCAGCUGUAUCAGCAUCUGAAGGAUUAUAUUUCUUUGCCUUGACUUUGUGCAUGCCAGCCAAUCUGUCACCCAUUAAUCACAGACGCAGGAUUGAUAUUCCUCACUGACUCGGAAAUUCAGCCUCUUAUUUUUGUCUCAUUUGUUUUCCAUUCCUACAAGCAAUCGGGCCCCGAUAAAUUCAUCACGGGGGCUUAGAGUGAAAGGUGAUACAUUUUCAAUUGUGGGCGUGCUGCAUUGAAUUGUUAUCACAUGGUUGGUUUGCGGGAUUAGCCUCAUUUAAGGACACAUUGUAUUGCUCAAAUCUUUACUAAGAUGACAAGUUUUCAGUUUCCAGUUGCUCUGCUUCACAGUGUCUGGAAAACAGGUUGGUCAGAAAAUGAAUUAGCUGUUGCGGUUUAUACAUGGAUUGUCAUCUAUCAGCUAUCAUCCGUCACUGAGCAUCGGAGAUAAUGCUGAUAUGAGCAGACUUGGGAGGAUCACAUUUCAUAGUAUUGGCAAUGCAAACAACAUGCUCUGCCUUCACACAACCACAAAAUUUUUACUUUCUACGACACAUGUGUCAAUGGAGGGCCGAAACACUGCAGAGUUUCUCUCCAACCAGUUUCUCCAGCAGGUGAUUUAAUUUAAUUAAUGAGCUCCUUCCCUCAAACGGAAGCAGGUGAUGAUCAUUAAUAUCACCUGCUUUAGUGACCAGCUGGAAAGAAAACCCGCAGUGUCCCGGCCUUCCAUGGCAUGAGUUUGACACCCCCACUCUUAAUUGACCGAUUUUCCUCAUUGAAAAUACAUUGAAAGGUAAAUAGUGACAGUUAAAUUGGAUAUUUUUGCUAAGCUUGACUGGUGUUCAUGCCUGAAACACACCACUUUCAAGGUGACAUGUCAUGAAAAUCUGACUUUUUAAUGGCUCGUGUACAAAUAUUUGUGUCUCUGGGGUGUCUGGCCAAACAUUUUUAUGUUGUCAGAAAAUGUGUGUUUCAUCAAGCCAUUCAGGCCACUUGAAAGCCCUCCCCUCCCUUCCUUUCCUUUCCGCCAUGUUGUUGAGUCAUAACCUACCACACACAAUCAUGCCAAAGCCAGAAGAAAAGCUGCAGUGUUGUUGGAUGCACAGUUUGUCACAUAUUAUCACAUCACUUCCCAGCUACAGAGGACAUAAGAACAAAAUUAGAUUCAUUUUAUUAACCUUUGUUCACCGUUCCUGUUGAGUCUGCAGACCUCGGGGAGCUCCCUCUGCUGCUCCAAUGCUGAGUGACGUUUGUAAUGUCUUGCCUGCAGGGCUAAUGACUUUCUUCCCCGCUUUCCUCACUGUCCUGUGUCGUGUUAUGGGUGAGACCUUUAUUUCACAUGCGCCAAGCUGCUCCCUGUACCACUCCAUCACUCACUAGUCAUGGGCGGGGUCAACCGUGGCACCUUUGCACAAGAGAACAGCCCUCCAAAACCCACUGCUCGGAACAGGGCUGUUUAAAGGGAGUUUUACGUGUGCUCUGAUUCUUAAGGUAUUUCAAAACACGUUUAUUAAGAAACCUAGGAACUGUUUUCAUCUGUGAAAAAACAGCAUAUGUAGUGUAGUGUAUUUUUGGGUGAUAAAACGCAAAACGUUUUUUUUUUUUUUUUUUGCCAGAGGAGGAAAAAACAAUGAUAGCAUCCAGUUUAUGAUGCGUUUUUCAGGUGUCUCUGGUGUAAGAUGUGACAUCACUUCAUGUUGGGUGAAUCCAUCGGAAUUGUCCAAAAUUGUUACCCCCCCCCCAUCAAUGGGUUCCAUUAAUGUCUUUCUAUGAUGUACUGUAUGUGCUGCAGCACAAACACAAGUUGAGAUUGAACGUGUUAAUCUUAAUGUAUUGUAAUGUAUGAUUGAAAUGGUGUGCCUAUAAGUAAGAGGGUAUGUAAGACAGCUGAAAAGUGGAGUGCAUUUUCAAAUAAUACAUCUUAAUAUUUAGCACCGCAUUCACUCCUUCACACCUUGACAGCAUAGGCUACCAAACAAGGUGCCAGGCUGCUAAGCAGGUGCAAUUUGGAAGAAACAUGCAAUGAUGCUGAACCUCUGGAGCUGUCUGGGAUUGAACCAGAAAGUCUGCUUCCAACAUGACAUGCAUACCUCCUCAACCACGAUGCACACAGUGUCAAAGGAUUCAUCUUGGGCUUAAAAUGUCUUUUUGUCUCUCGUGAAAUGAACUCCUUUUCCAUCCAAAUUGAAUGUCCGUUUGCUGUAUCUAGCAGUAAAAUAUGCGAGAUGAAGCCCACCCUCCGUUAAUGCUGGUCAAUUAGUCUCUUUCAUUCGCCAUCCAAGAUUCCACUUUUAAAAAAUCUCAUGCGCAUUCCGUUUUUAAAUUGAAGUCUAACAACAUGUGACCAUGAAGAUAUACAGUAAUAGUAUUUCAUACAAAAAGUAAAGCAUUUCUAGAAAACGGACAUAUUUGUGGGUGUAGCCAUUUGUCAUGCAAUGACAAAUUAGUGGAUGUUGUGUAUAUAAUACAGUAUGUACCCGAUAUACACAUACAUUACUGUUAUUAAUAAUAAGCAUAAUAUAUAUGAUGCUUUUUUAGCAUGUAUAAUAAAUGAUAAUAUUAAUAGUAUUAUAAAUUAACAUAAUUAAUAAUACAAAUAAUAUAUACUAUGCUUAUUUAUUAUUAUAUAUUAUAUAUAUCAUUGUAGGCUUUCUCUGGGUACUCCGGUUUCUUCCCACAUUCCAAAAACAUGCAUGCUAGGUUAAUUGCGACUCUAAAUUGUCCAUAGGUAUGAAUGUGAGUGUGAAUAUUUGUUUGUCUAUUUGAGCCCUGCGAUUGGCUGGCGACCAGUCCAGGGUGUACCUCGCCUCUCGCCCAAAUUCAGCUGGGAUAGGCCCCAGCAUACCCGCGACUCUACUGAGGAUAAGCGGCAUAGAAAAUGGAUGGAUGGAUAUCAUUGUAACUAAGCAUAAUAAUAAAACUUUGAAAAAGUACACUAUAUUGGUCUUGUGCGGGUUGUUGAAUCACAACUACAGGAUUUUUUUGCAUUGAGUUGGUGGAAAAUGGCCCUGUUCCAAAGUAAGAUAGGGCUUAACUUUUUGUGUGAUUUUCCUACUAAAUUCUGAAGAGAACAGGUUGCCAGCGGUGGCUGCACACACACACACACACACGCACACGCACAUGCAUACGCAUACGCACACGCACACAAACAAAUGAAGCCUAACAUUAUGUGGUCUGGCUGGAUAGCUUAUAUUUUAUUCACAAAGUGUUCUGGUAAUUGCUUUCCAUACCUGCUGAGUGCUUGCACUUUUUCUUUUGUUUAUACGGUGCAUGUUUGCUUAAAAAGUCAACUUCGCCGGAAACCAAGCUGCCACUGUUUACAGCAAUUUCUCACAAACGCGCACACACCUUGGAGGCACAAAUAUUACAGUGACUUUGAUUUGUCCUCUGGCUAGCUCCCCCAGCUCUCCCUUGACGCACGCUAUUGAGUGAUGGAUGCACAUCACACACAUACACGACCAUGCAGCAUGGUUGGACGGUCUGAACUGCUUUGAACAAGCAAAGUGGAAGAGGAAAGGACUGUCACUGUGGAUCACACAGGGAGGACUAUUGAUCCAGUGGACCAAGAUAUGGACUUGUACCAAUGUAAAUGAUCCUGGAGGGAGUUUGGCCCUUGUAAAUAAAAAAAAAAUAUCUUCAUGUAACUGCAACAGGAUGCAAAAAAAAUGGAAAGAAAAACAACACAGCUGGAGUACACGGCAAUCACCGUUUCGGGAAAGAGCUUGUCUUGUGUGCAUCAUGAAUAAUCAUCUCAGCAGGUCAGCUGCCCCUGUGCAAAAAUUGUCAUUCAUUUCCACAGUGUGUCACAUCCAAAUGAUAACUAUAAUCACAGCGAGAUGAAGAAUAUUUAAGAAGCAUUUUAUCUCAAAAAGCAGCUUGUGCUUUCCCAUAAACAUCGAGAAUCGACUCAGUGGUGAAUAAAUUGCAAGCCUUCACAAAUAUUCAGUGUGGCUAAAUCAGUUCAAAUACAGUGGAGCCUCUGAAGCCGAAGGCUGGUCAGCCUCUUAUUUGGUCGAACUUGGAAACAUUUUUUCCAAUAGGAAAUGUAAAAUGUCAGAUAAUAUCAGCCAAUGUUGGCAUAAAAAGGAGAUAUCCUAUUAUAUUGGUAUCGAUGUUUUUGCCCAUAACGAGGUGAGACCUCAUCAAACUGCACCGUGCGCCACAGAGCAACAAGCUCCGUAUGUCUGCAGUCUGGAAUUAUUAUAUUAAGUUUCACCUUCGGAUUGUGAAUAUGCAAUUUGCAAUGACUGUACAGUGCUGGGGAUGCUAGGGGGGAGUAAGGCGUCUUUGUUUUUAUACUUCAGUCAGAGUCACACGCAUUGUGUUGGCACUGCAUAAAAAUAACUUACAUUGUAUAUUGCAGUAUUUGUCUAUUUUUGCGCAAACAGUGUUUAUUUGUGAAAUGCAUUCAGUGGCAUCACGGUAAAAGAAGCAUAUUGUGUUCACACGUGUUUACCAGUACUGGUUGAUAUCAGUAUCGGUAAUGAAGUGCUGGACAAUAUCAAGCAUCUGUAAUGAAUAGUUCACCACUGUUCAUGUUGACGCACAUGCCAACGUGUGCUGCUUUGAACGUGUGUCCCCUUUUCGUAAUAAUCUGGUGUAUAUUCGUUCUUCUUUUCUAAACACCCCUUUGAGGUGGAUCCUUUGUUAAAUACACACAAAAAAAACGCAAAGAAAAAUCAAAACGCGCAGAGGUAUUUCUUGAUGGUCUCUGAAUGGAUCUCGUGUUACGUUUAACACGUCAUACAGUUGGCGAGGAAUAUUUUUCAACUUCUAAAUCUACUUUAGAGGUUCCACCGUACUGAAAUCAACAUUCUGCCGCUGGUUUACAGCUGGUUUUUCAUUCUCUAACUGCCAAAUAAUAUUACAGCACAUCAUAUUCAACAUUCCAUUUGUGUUUAAACCUGUUAGAAUUUUGUUUUAUUACAAUUUUAUCAGUUCAAACAUCAAUACAAAGACCUGCACUGUAUGAAACAUAAGAUAUAUUCAAUGUUGUAUGGUAAUUUGUGUUACACAUGAUGCUUUGGACUAAAUUAUGUCCUGAACUAUGAAGUUGUGUGUCAUUUUGUGCCGCAGUAGUGCAAAGAAGAGUAAGGUGAAACAGUGACAGAGGCAAUAAAACGACAUUUGGUUGGGCGAAGACCACAUUGCACAACUGUGGAUUAAAAGAAAGCUGGAGCGAUUCCGAUGAGCUCCUUAGUUGCUCUUAUCUGGCCCUCCAUACGUGUUCGAGCAAAUGAGCAAGUCAUAGGUUCUUAACCUUUAGAAUGCAUUUCUCAUUAUGACCCUUCCCUUUUCCUCCACCCCCAUCUGCUUUUUACCCAGAACAAGGUUUACAGCCCAUCACAGUAAUAUGCAACAUUCCAUGUGGGUAAGAAGGGACCCAUGUGUUAUUAGCGAAAUCUUUCAUUUCUUAAAAAUGGGGGAAGAAAGGGACUUAGUGCAUGCUUACUUUGUUUGUUCACCUGUGCUCUGUUGUCUUUACUUUUAACUAGUUGGAAUGUGCGUGUGAUUGGCAAGCCUGCAUUUACACAAAUGAUGUUCCUGUAGUUUACGCUCUCUAUCUUGCGGUUAUGUAAAUAAACAUGACACUUUGGAAAGAGCAACGACUCAUCAUACUGGCUACUAAUCCGUACCCGGCGGUGGGCGGUCCUUCACUGGGGACUUCAGUGACCCAACCGACCACUAUCACGUCACAAAUAUCCAAACCGUCAGUAAUAUACAAAAAACGCAAUACAACAAUGCGUGGCGUUACAGAAUUGGGGAUGACCACCUGUAUUACUGAAGCAAGAAACAAAUGAACCCUUUAUCUUCCAGUACAUCAUCUCUAAACAACUCCAAACCUCUACACUGCAUCAUCUGAAGCAGCUCAAAAUCCAUUUAUCUAAUAACAUGACAAAAACAUUAUGAAAUUAAAUAUGUCACACUCAAACAAACAGCUGUCAACAGCGUCCUGUUUUGAGCCUCGGCCCACACCGUAGUUUAAAGAAACGCAGCGGUGUGGUAGUUGAUGUGGAAGCCACAAGCGGGAACAAAUAUUGAGCAGAAAAGGACAAAGAAAAGGGCAUUUUGAAUGGUAAGUUUAGCUUUCAAACCCUGGCAGAUGGCUCUCUUGACAAGACCAAAGUUAUUUGUAUCUACUGUCGCUGUGAGUUGAGUUGUCACGGAGUAUGUCGACUCUCAAAUGCCAGCAAGAAGCGAGAAGGCGCUGGAGAAUGGCAGCUAUUUUUAAUUGUCAUUUAUACAGUGCUGCCUUCGAUGUGUCCCAACUAACAAGUGAC